AUGUUGUCUUCCAUUGCCACUACCGCUCUGCGACGAACUACUACUGCAACGUUUACUAGUGCCGUUGCUACUACUAGACAGCACUUCCGUCCUGCUCUAGCAAUUCGUUUCUUUUCCGAGGACUCACACGGUGACUUUGCCCCCCAACGCAAGGUUGUGGAAGGAGAAGAUGCCGCAAUGAAAAUGAUUCAAGAGCAUGUUGAAAGCAAUCCUGUCAUGUUGUACAUGAAGGGAAAUCCAUCCAUGCCCAUGUGUGGAUUCUCGGCUACAGUGGUACAAGCACUCAAGGCCGAGGGAAUUGAUUUCAGCAGUGUCAAUGUCUUGGAUUAUCCUGAUAUCCGAGAAGGUGUCAAGAAGUUUUCUGAAUGGCCUACUAUACCUCAAUUGUAUGUCGAUGGUGAAUUCAUUGGUGGAUGCGAUAUUAUUGUUCAAAUGCACGAAAGUGGAGAACUUGCUGAUUUGCUCAAGGACGUUGCGAAGAGCGAAGAGUAA